AUGGAACAUCCACGAUUAAAUGAUCAUACUGAAACAUCUCAAACAUUUCGACCAGAAUCUCCACGAUUAGUGGAACCUGUUUCGUCAUGUAUUAGACGAUCUGCUUCUCCUUCACCUGAACGACGAACUUUGUCAAGUUUAUCUUUUCAAGCUAUACCAGACUUAGUUGAUGAUAGUGCUGACCUUGGUGAAAGCUCUAAUUUUUACGAAUAUAGUGACGAAAACAAUCAUGACCAUCGUGAUCUUCACGAAAACCAUUUUCAUGAUAUCGAGGAAGAAAAAAAUGGGCAUAUCAUACACGAAAACUAUUACGAGGAUGGAUCAUAUUAUCAUAAUGAUAAUAUUAGACAUUUACCGAAUUUAUCAUAUAUUUUUUCGUCAUUGCCUUCUUCACAAAAGACUUUAUUUGCUUGGGGAACAAUACAUCUAUUUAUGGGAAUUUUUUUGUGGCUAAAAGGUCAAUGGGGUUGCGGAUUAGCACUUACUGGGUUUGCUUAUCUUGUAAUAUUCGAUGCUUUGGGCGUGUUUACAACUUUCAUUUCGUCUGUUAUAGCGACAUAUCGACCGUUAAGAGAAUCUACUAUACGAAACCCUUUUGGAGUUCAGCGGUACGAAAUAUUAUUUGGAUUUAUAAACGCGUUAUAUCUCUUGUUUGUUGCUUUAUAUAUGUUGAAAGAAGGAUUGGAACAUUUCAUGUUAGAAACCAGCGAGGAACAUGUUGAAGGUCACAGUCCAGAUUUUCCAAUGGGUUGGGUUUUGUUGGCUUUAGGAGCAACAUUAAUUUCGGCUAUCUACUAUCUAUUACGGUCGGCAUCAUCAGUCAUAGGAACACGUCCGUUAAAUUAUUGGCAAUUUAAUGAUGGAUUCACAAUAGUGCUUACAAAUUUAUUUACGUUAUCAACUUUAUUGUGUGGUUCUAGUGUUAUCUUAGUUGGAGUCAUUACGGAACAAAAUCAUUCUUUGGGAUGGCUAGAUAAAUUGGUAUCGAUAUUGGAAUCGAUAUUAAUGUUUUAUCUUGCAAUACCCGUUUCAACUGCGUUAGGUAAAAUUUUGUUACAGACAACACCGGAUGUAAUACUAAUUAGUUUAGAAGAUCGUUUACGAGAGAUCCAACUUGAUCCAACAAUAUUAUCGUUGACAGCAACACAUUUUUGGGAAAAUUCGUACGGACAAUUAGUUGGUACAAUAUGUGUACAGGUUAAUCCUGAUGCUAAUGAACAGGCUGUUUUAGCGAAUGUUUAUUCUCGAUUAAGUCCAUUAUUUGAUGGAAGUGGAGAAUUAACCAUUCAAAUUGUAAAAUAA